GCUCAACUCAAUGCGCAGUGCGACAGUGUCGGCGCAUGCAUGCUUUAUAUCGCGUGUCAGGUUGAGGUUAUGUUUUUGUAAACUUUCGAUUUUACAUUCAACAUUUGCAAUUAGUUUUCGUUAUUUUUACUGGAUGUUACAGUGUGUUCAAUAAGAACAAACAACAAAGAUGUCAUCCUGGAAGAAAGCAGCCAAGUCAACGCAAAAGACCCACAGAGAACGUCACCAGUUAGAAUCUCGUAAACAUCUAGGUCUGCUGGAAAAGAAAAAAGAUUAUGUUUUAAGAGCACGGGAUUACAAUGAGAAACAAGCCACCUUGAAGCUAUUAAGAAAAAGAGCUCUGAAUAAGAAUCCAGAUGAAUUUUAUUUUCACAUGAUAAAUUCACAAGUGGAAAAUGGUGUGCAUCGUGAAAAGGAAAAAGAUGAGGACUAUUCAGAGGAUCAAAUCAAACUUAUGGAGACACAAGAUUUGAAAUAUGUGGCUCAUAAAAGAAAUCUGGAAACAAAGAAAGUUGAAAAACUUCACAGUAAUUUGCACAUGAUAGAUGCAGCAAAUGAGAUUCCAAAUAAGCACAUUUUCUUUGUGGACGAUGGAGAAGAAGCUAAAGAUUUUGAUAUAGCUGAAAAGCUCAACACACAUCCAGCUCUUGUAGGAAGAAGGACGAAUAGGCCAAAGCUAGAUAGCUUACAGAAGAUGAAGUUGCCGGAUUUCGAUGAAAAGACUCUUGAGAAAAUGGAACAGCGGAAACACAUGGCUUACACAGAAUUGAGUAAACGCGUGGAUCGUGAACAUGAACUCACUGUUGUGCAGCAGGUGCUGGAAAUUAAGAGGGCUUUGAAGGAUAAAAAAGUGACAAAACCUAAAAAAGUGAAAUCUGGUUCAAGAGAUGGUGCACCCAUUUACAAGUGGAAGUAUGAGAGGAAAAGAUAAUGAUAAUAAAGUUAGGCAAAUUAAGACUUUAAUUUAUAUAAAUAAAUUUUUUAUUGUAAAACUCAUCAGUUUUGUAAAUACACUGUUCUCUCAUAUAAAAAAAUCUUAUUCUUAGUAA